AAUGACACAUGAAAACCAGUCGUCCUCUCUUGGCCGCGCGCGGGGACAAACACAAUGAAUCUCAAGUUUAUAGCAAAUUCUAAAUCAACAAGCCCUAAUCCUGAUGGAGGAGCCAAACGACAGACAAUCGAUCUUGGAAAUGGAAGCGAGGUCGUUUACGUUCCACGAUUUCUGUCUUUCAACGAGUCAUGGAAAUGGUUGGAUUACCUCAACAAAGAGAUCCCAUGGACCAGACCUACUAUUCGCGUUUUCGGCCGCUCCUGCGUCCAGCCUAGAGACACUUGUUAUGUUGCCAGUAUAGGAUUGCCAGAACUAAGUUACAGUGGGUAUCAGCCUCACGCAUACUCUUGGGAUGACUUUCCUCCACUCAAGGACAUUUUGGAGGCAGUCCACAAAGCACUUCCCGGGAGUAGUUUUAAUAGCUUACUCUUAAAUAGGUAUAAAGGUGGCAACGACUACGUUGGUUGGCAUGCUGAUGAUGAGAAGCUUUAUGGUCCAACUCCAGAGAUUGCUUCAGUUUCCUUUGGAUGUGAGCGGGAGUUCCUAUUAAAGAAGAAACCAAGUAAAAUGCCCCAAGCAGAAAAAAGAGGUGAGGGCGAACCUCCUAGCAAGCGACCAAAGAAGAAUAGCCAUUCCGACCAACAUUCAUUUACAUUGAAGCAUGGCUCACUGCUGCUGAUGAGAGGCUAUACCCAGCGGGAUUGGGUCCACUCGGUGCCUAAACGAGCAAAAGCAGAGGCCAUACGAAUCAACCUCACCUUCAGGAGCGUUCUCUAAUCGACCUUGUAACCAAAGAAAGUGGACCAUUUCUUCACAGCUUACAGAUCUCAUUCAUGUAAAAGGUCCGUCUGUGUACAUGAAACCUGUAUUUUUGUUAGAAAUGAAAAGAUACACCUUUGUGCUUGCUAUACACCUUUGUGCUGAUGGAUGCUACUAAUCGAU